AUGUAUUCUACUGAUCGCCUCAACAGCAUAUACCUUUCUAUCAAGAACAACAAUGGUGCUGAUGCACUAGGUAUGGCAAGAAGAUUAGAACGAUUCGCUUUAACCGAAGUUCGAUAUAAAUUACAUCUAUCCUAUUUACACCAAUGUAAAGAUGCGAAGUUGUUACCGUCUUUCCUGCAGUCAAGACCCCCCAUUGAUCAUCCGAAAGCGUGGAAAAUCACCGAAAAAGCUGGUUGGGCCUAUCUACGCGUAUUGAUAGGAAAUUGCCAUAAUAACUUACGCAAUAUCAAUGUUGAAUCAACCGAGCUGAACGAAAAAAUCAAGAAGAUCCUCGACGAAAAUACACUAGGUAUGUUAAAAACCACAAUCUCUAAUCGAUGCAUGUAUGAAAAAAACAAGAUAUCAAAGAGACAUGAAAGAAAGUUUACUAAAGUUCAAGGUAAAGAUAAAAAACAUGAACAAGCGCAGAAACGUUGGGUUAUAAAUAAUUCUGAUCGGGCAUUAAAUUGUCAUGAAAUCACCCUACUUAGAAAAGGAAUGAACUUUGCUAUUACUCCCAAGAGAAUACCUAUAAAAAACAUAGUUGCUUCAGUGGAACAAGGAAUUAAAAAUUUAGAUGCCCAUAAGAAAAAUAGAGUUCGAGAAAAUGUUUGCUCUGUUAUAAAGAACGCUAGGCACCCAAGCAACUCAAACCAUUCACGUCAAGAAGAGAUAGCCCUGAAAGAUCUACGCAGUGACAAAAAUAUCUUAGUUACAAAAGCCGACAAAGGUAAUGCCAUGGUAGUUAUGAAUCAAGUAGAUUAUAAAAACCAAGUAGAAACAAUGUUACAGGAUGAGAUUGUGUACAAACGCAUAACGGAUAAAAGACGUCCCCCCCCCCCCCCAACGACAUUUUAAACACUGACCUCGGAAAGAUUCAAAAAUCCUUUUGUAUUUCGUGAAUUGAAAAGUUUUCGUGAAUUGCAUACUUUGUAUUAUUGGCAUUACCAUUCAGCUUAGUCACUUAGAUGGUAACGCCUUUGAAUAUUAUCGGCAUACCAUUCAACUUGAAUGGUUAUACCUUUGAAUUUUAUCCGCAUAACCAUUCAACUUGGAUGGUUAUGCCCAUCUCUAGUGUAAGGUACGGCUCAACAUAACCAUGUCUCGAAAGACUAUCAAUCUCGUUCCCCGAGCCUGCGAUCCUCGGGAAGGAACGUGAGGCUCUGGGAUAAUCCGUUGCCGGAAGCCAGGAAUCCUGGCUAAGAUUGAACUGCGCAUUCCAUUUCAACGGCCAAUCAGAUUCCUCCUUGAAACCAUGGAUUGUAAAAUAGAUAGGAAACUUCCUGACGUCAUUGACUGCACUAUAAAUAAAACUAUAAACUAGAAAAUACAUGCAUGCAGAAACCCUCGCCUUGCUGACAAAACCAUUGUAUUUUCCGAACAUGAAGUUCUAAAGUAGUUGUCAUGGUAACACGAUAAUUUUUUAAGAAUAUUCUUACAAAUGAAAAAUCGCCUAAAAAUAUCACUUUUAAUUACAAAAUUAUUAAUUUCCCAACAUAACUAUAUGUUAGGUAUGUUUUAUACGUAAUAUAAGGCUCAAUUUAAGGUAAAUUCAACCACAAACGCUUCGCAAAACGUUUUAAAGUCACUAGUGUUCAUUAUAAAACUAAACUGCCUUUUAAAAUGGCUUUAUCGAUAAACUUUGAGUUAGCAAUAAAAUGAUUUCAAAUUCUGACUUGCAAAUAACUCAGUGCUUUCUUUUUUAUUUAGAAAUUCAAUAUCAUAAAAAAGGGAAUCAAUAUUAAAGAUACACUAAAAUUAUAUGUUGUUUGUUUAGUUGUUUCAUAUACGCAAAGGCCGUCGGGUUUUAAAGCCAUUAUAAAUCAAUAUUUGAAACAAACUUACCUUCGUUAACGUCGGCUCCCUUCUUUUAGACGAUUCUUUCGCAGUUUCAUUUUGAGAGAGCUUUUGAAAUUUACAAAAUCUUGCAAAAAUGCGGGUAAAAAUGAAAUAUAUUUGCAAGAAAUUUAUCAAUCAUCAAAUCAAGAAAUGUUUGCUAUUUCGCUGUCGUGAUACAUUCGUGCCAGUCGUUAUAAUGCAAAAUUUAAAUUGGACCAAUCAGUGUCCGUUAUUCAUGACAGUCCGCCAUAUUUUUGAGAUCAGUGAGGAUGACCACCCAUCGUUGGUCACCCACGCCCGCGAUAUUUGAUGAACUCAUUGAACUAAAAAUAACUGGAACGCUACGUUCAAGCGGAAGUUUGAAGCUAAAUUAUACAAGCUCGUACACAGGCUUUAAAAGGCCCGUUUUAAACUGAAAAGGCCCGUUUCCCUUUCGAUUCGCAUCUUGCCAUGAAAACGUUCAAAACGGCAUGCUUCAAGCGCCCCCUGUAUUGUCUCGCGAGUAAAUCGCGCAGUAGAAACACGCGUGGAAGUGCGUGUCUGGGAGUCAAAACUGGCUUCAUUUGGCUUCAUGGGAGUCAAAUUUUGGCAUCAAAAUUUGCAUGCGCAGUUUACUGAACGUAGCGUUCCAGUUAUUUUUAGUUCAAUGGAUGAACUUUAGACUCCGCUAAUGCUUUCGUUUCCCCGGGUGUAAAUAGCCGGGGGGAAUUAGUACCCUCGCACGGCGCUUCGCGCCGUCGGCUCGGGGACAAAGUAACAAAGCUAAUAAGAUGCUGGUUUAUAUUCGAAGAUCAACUUUAAAUAUUAUUCGCGAGUUUACAAUUCGACGAACACUGUACCUUUCUCUGGUUCGCUCACACUUAGGAUAUGCCACCCAAGUAUGGGCGCCCCAAACAAUAGAGUUGAUGAAAAAGUAGAACGAGUUCAGAGGCGUGCAACAAAAUAUAUUUUAAAGGUUCCCUUUAUUUGUGAUAUAGAAUAUAGAGACCGAUUCCUUGCAACCAGUUUGCUUCCUCUCAGCUACUGGCACGAAUAAAUGGACGUAGUAUUCUUCUAUAAGACAAAUCACGACAUUUUUAAUAUUGAUAAAAAAAAUACUUCAAUUUCCUCAACCUCGGGUCAAAGACAGACAAGAUCAUUUAACCCCAACUCGCACAAAUAUAAAAUUCCGACAUACAAGACGUCAACCUAUGAAAAAUCUUACAAAAUCCGAACAACAAGAAUAUGGAACACACUACCUAAUCAUAUUACAUCCAAAGACCGAACAUUUUCAGAAUUCAAGAAUCUUCUUUUUAUAAGUACUAUAUUUUAGCUUUACUAGAAAAUGCAUACGAUGUUGAGGUCCCCGCACAUGGAAAAGUGCGUGUAUAAAAUGUAAUUCCGCCCGGAGUUUAAUGAGCUCUCCAUUGACAUGUUGUUUUUAGACAUAGUGAAGUAUUGUUUAUUGUGUGUGCUUAGUAUACUCGUCAAGUCAGUCGCGCGACUGAAGUAAAAAUUGCCUACUUAAUUAAAAAAAUUCGACUCCAGCUAUCUAUAGCGGCCAGUAGAUCGAGUUAUUAAAAUUUUGAAUCGUAAGUCCAGUUAUACGUUUCAUGCUGCGGCAGAGCUUCGGCAAAGUAAUGUUAGUCAGUCACGAACAGCGGUCUUACGCAUGAAUGUUGACGGAUUCGGGGGUUGAAUCCGGCUAUCUGAUUGACUGACGCGCUCAUUUCCAUGGUUACAGCCAUUUGCGACGGAUCUGUGGGGAGGCCUGACGGAUUUGCAGAUUCAGGGGCUCUGCAUGAGUCUUCUGAUUGAACCAUUUAAAAAUAUUCUGCACUGUCAUUGGCUUAUAUUUUCGACGGAUUCGCAGCGUGGGGUAUUCGUCAACACGGCAUUUGGUGUUUUAUACCUCCUGAAUGUUUACUAUUUCGAACGUCUGGCAUGUGAGAAAUUUUACUAUUAUAUUUUUACGAGCGAUCUCUGCCAUCGAUAUCUGGAAGCAUUUUCGACAAUAUUCAGUUUGCGAUUGCCGCAAACGAUUUAGAAUCUCUACAACGUUUGUAUACGGAGCUUGAGAAGAAUAUCGAUGCUUCACGGACAAAUUCUGUUGACGAGCUACUGAACGGCAAAGUGAGCGCCAUCAACAACACAAGCAGAAGCCUCGCUAGAAAUUUUGGCGCAGAGAGCUACAUUCCGAAGUAUGUUCGAGAUAAGAAAGACAAAGCUUGCACUGCAGUAAGGUAGAGAAAUUUAUGGUUUUAUAAUGAUGUAUCUUUAGUUUAUAUUAAUUAAACCGAAGAACCAAAGCCGUCGGCGUUGUUAAUGAUUGUUUGACAUAUGAUAUUUUAAUAUUCGCUAUGCUGUAUUAGCAUAAUUCUCGCGUCAAGAAGCUAAAAUAUGUUUUAUUCAAUGUCCACAUUGUAAGCAUUUGUUGAUUCUCGUGUUUAUAGUGAAGUUUUAUUUAAGAUUUAUUUAUAUUUAUGCAUCGAUCACACAACAUGUCGGCCUUAUAGAAUACUGUUUGUCCAUAGCCUAUCGACACGGCUUGUUAGACCGCAUUGGUCUGGUGUAACAUGAUGAUGUGAAAUAUUUAAUAAGCUAGCUUCUGAGCACUCAGGAUCUGAAUUGGAACUGGAUGAAAGUGACUGUUGGCACAACCAAACCAAAUUUUUCGCCCGUUGUCAUAUCAAAUUGAAAAAUAAAGUAUAUAUAUAACUUUUACUAGAAGUUAUUUAAGUAACUAUAAGUCAGAAUAAAUAAUGUGGAAUAUUCCGAACCGGUUAAAGAAUUUCUCAGGGUUAAUGUUCAAGUUAACCCAAACCAAGCCAUGCAAAUUGCAAAACGUUUCUUUAUACUUAUGCAAAAUAGAAAUGUUUACAGUUGAUUUCACGAAACUUUGCCCACGCCAAUUGCGAGGUUGGUUGGGAAUUUGGGAACUAUAAACACGAGAUCAUCAAGUUCAUUGGAAACCGGCCAAUCAAGUUUCGCAUCAAAUUAUCGAAAUUCGUUAUGAAAUUCCGAACCAAGUUCGCAAGCAAGUUCGCAAAUUGCAAACGAUUUUGACGGUAAAUUUUAAAAACUAAACUUAAUAACUUAUUGUAUUAAACUUAUUAUAAUUUUAUUAUAAUUUUAAACCUGGAAUUAUUAUUAUUAUUAUUAUGAUAUUAUUUAUUAUUAAAUGAAUAAGUUUAAUACAAUAAGUUUAGUUUUUAAAAUUUACCGUCAAAAUCUUUGCAAUUUUGCGAACUUGCUUGCGAACUUGCUUGCGAACUUGGUUCGGAAUUUCAUAACGAAUUUCGAUAAUUUGAUGCGAAACUUUCGACUUUGAUUGGCCGGUUUCCAAUCAACUUGAUAAUCUCGUGUUUAUAGUUCCCAAAUUCCCAACCAAUCUCGCAACUGGCAUAGCCAAAGUUUUGUGAAAUCAACUGUAACAUUAGUCUCAAGCACAAAUAAUACGAUGACUUCAUGCCAAGUAUUAAGAUAAUUUUAAAUGAUAAGAAGCUUAUACAGAUGCCAGCCAGUUAUAAAUUACCACGCAGUGGACUUUGGUCGAAACAUAGUUAAUAGAAACAUAUGCAUGGUCGAAAAUAUACCGCGUUUAUUCGUUUAGCCACGUUCAAUACGUAUAAAGGCCGUUUUCGACUAGGAGGAAUUUCCGCGCGAAGCGGAAUUUUUCUUCGUCUUGUGAUUUCUCGGGUCAGUGGAACUAAUUAGAAAAUUCCUCCUAUAGUGGCAAAAAGGGCUUUAAGCCUGGAUCAAAAUAUUGUACUUUGGACUUGAUCUCGUGGAUAAUGAUUUAAUACACUUUAUACCGCAUAGCAAAAUUACUAUUACUAUAUGCAAACUUACAACUAUAUAUAAUGAAAUUGUUGCCACUCAUUUUUAAUAGCGAUCAAGUCGCUUGAAUUAUAGCAAUAGCAGGCCAAGUCAGUUGCAUUGUCGUAUUUGGUAACUAUACUGUAUACACUAUAUUUUUUUUUAUUCUUUUCUUUCUUAAGUUUAACGUUUUUAUAAGCUUUUUAGAGUUUCCAUUGAUAGAUAGGUUGUUUGCGUCCAGUAUCGUUUGGUGCGAAGUUUGGUGAAACGUCUAUAUAGUAGUUCUAGAAGGUCGAUCACAGUAUACGAUAAAGUUAAGCUUUUAAGGUUGAUAUAAAUACUGUAUUGAUGACCCACAGCGGCAUGAUACAAGUCGAAAGAAGCUGGAUUUUAAGCGGGAUUUUUCUUCAAAUAAAGCCCAAUGAGGCAAUGGUAAUGCCAAUGAAAGGUCUUUAUAAGAUUUAUAAUUACCUGCUGUAAAUUACUCUAAUACAUGAAAUAUGAAAUAAUUUACUAUAAAGUACAAUACCAGUGUCUGGUACAUGUUUCAUCCUAAACAUUCAAGUUGUACCGCACGCACGGAGGAGUAUUGGCGUUCGUGUGAUAACAGAUAGCUAUACUUCGACAUAAUCAUUCUUGAUCGUUGAGUUUGAGCAAUGCAAAUGCAGGGAAUUUUACAGUAUCCCGUUAUAAAAUAAAUCUUUUGUUUUGAAUGUCGGACAGGAUACAAUUCAACUAUAAACAACCAUAUCUUCGUUUGAUCGAUCCGUCGGUGUAGAAGAUAUGUAUGUUUCUACGGCGAAACCUGGUCAACUUCGCAAGCCAGGUGCACGUGGAGUCUUACACAAGUGAAAUAUGAUCCAGCUUCUCGCUUGAAAUGUACCGCAACACUUAUUAUUCACAGAAGAAGAAGAAGAAGAGAGAAGUUUCUUCUUAUUAUUAUUGACUAGAAAUAGUUUACACUAAAACUGCCCCCGGCUGAUUAUGGUGUACUAACUAGCUGUUAUUAAAAAUGAUCAUGCCUUACGGCUUAUGGCUUACAAAUAUUAAUACGACAAAAUAUUAUUACUACUUUCUGGCUUUCUUUUAAAACGCUUAGAAGGUUGAUAAAAUUGGUCGAGCUUUAAAAAUGAAACAGUAACCACGUGUAACUUGGUCCUUGUGCGUCCAUCUGGCUGAAGGAAUGACGCUUUUCAAUAUAAUGGAACAAUGACUAUGAGUCCCUUGUUACAAACGUAUUUUUUGUAUUUGUUUUUGACUGACUGAUGUGUGAACCGAGUCUUUUGGUUCCUGUUUCGAUUAAUCUGACAAAUCGUAUAGUUGAUACUUGAAAGACACGGAGUUUUUAAUCUUGUCUUUUCAUUAUUUAACGGAUUGUCUCCGUCCCCAACAACAGAUGAUAGUAACAACGUACAUAUACCUCACAAGUCUAUUAAUUAAUAGACACGUAAAACAGACCAUAGAAAUAAAAUGCCUUUUGACAAGGUGUACAUUUAACGGAUUGUCUCCGUCCCCAACAACAGAUGAUAGUAACAACGUACAUAUACCUCACAAGUUUAUUAAUUAAUAGACACGUAAAACAGACCAUAGAAAUAAAAUGCCUUUUGACAAGGUGUACAAUAAUUUCUUAUAGAAAGCAACCUUUGAACCCUCACCUUUUAAACUUUCAUGCGCAGCUACGGCGCUACGCCAAUAAUUCACUUGCCUUUUAUAAUAAAAUUUGCCCCUCAGCUUUUAAAACUUGUGUCACUUGUGGCCUUUUGCUGUAAUAUAUAAACUUAGUUGCUUCUAAUCUUGAUAGCUUUAACAAUUUAUGCUUGGCGGGGACUUCAAUACCCCCCAUUGUUUUUGCGAUAUUACCCACCAAUGCUUUGCGGGCAAAAAACUUAAAUUUCUGUACCUCUGGCAAUAUAUUGAUUUAUAAUAUAGCACGGAAACGUCGGAAAAUUUAUUUCUUUAUAUUUCUUUGUGCUAUGUUAUAAAACAAAUAUAAAACUUUUUUCCGUAUUGAUUUUCUUUCACGAUUUCUUGUUGCAAAUUACAUGUUUAUCAUCCGAAACUAUAACACAUAAAAUUGCAAUUUUCCAAACGCGACAAACAGACUCCUCUACUGCCCCUCCCUGAGACAAUUUCAAUUUACCACGCAAAAUCUGCGAGAUGAUCGAGUUAUUUAUAGAAUUCAAUCCACUAUUUAAUAAAAUGAAAGAGUUGGAACUAUUAGUAGCCACAAGUGCAAGCAAGUAUCGUAGCCACAACAGUUUGAGAACAACGAGUUUUCCCGGUCAUACAGUAUAUGUCUGGUCUUUGCACAGAGGUUUUCCAAGAUUUUAUCAUCAUGUAUAUUCUAAAGGUAAAAUUAUAGAUUUUAAAAAAUAUGCACUACUACAUGAUAUAACGUUGUUCAAUUAAUUAUUAUAGUUCAAUAUGGUAAUUUGCUACAUCUGGUUCUUUUUAAUCAGUAGUUCAAUAGGCAAUAAGCAAUACUUAAUUGUAACUUCGAAUCGGUGAUUAAUAUUUGAUCUAUACAUUGGCAUAUAUGAUAAAAUAUAUAAUAGACUAUAAUUAUUGUUGAUGUCGAUGAUAUCAUUAUAAUUAGCUAGCGGCAAACAACUCACUUUGGUCUUUGUCUUUUGGGAGGUAGUCCCAGCAUAAGUAUUUACUGUAGAUGAAAGUGAAAUGAUUAUCUUAAUAGGAGAAGGGCCGUAGAAGGCAAAGAAAUAACGAGAAUAUUGUCGAAUGAUUGUCGAAUUCAGAUUGUUCAGCUAGUACAUCUAUGGUGGUAUUUCCCAUACACAUUCCUAAAUUGCAAGAAACAUGAUUUCGAUUGCGCUCGAGCGAGAAAAUACUCAGUCGCGGGGGACAAAUACGAUGAACGGUAUAUGCCAUAAAAAACCAACCAUAAAAACCCAUAAAAAGUCACCUGCAUGUGCAUAUAUAUAUAAUAAGACUGUAAGAGAUCUAGACACACACCCUGCCCGCUUCGGUGUAAUGUAUUUUGUCAUGAUUAGUGAAACGGGGUUAUUUGUAUUAGUGUUUAGCCCGCAGAGAAACUGAAUGCCAGAUUGAAAUUUGUUUCAUUACAUUUGAAUGUCAUGCAGUAGAGUGAGGAGUUUUUUGAAGAAUGAAAUCCCAUGGCCAGAUCGAAAUACUCGUUAUUUAGCUGUUUCUGUGGAUCUGAACAGGAGAAUAUACGCUACUUAAUUCACCGGCUCUUCAAUUCAUAUAUUAAAUUAAUAAACUGGCAAUUUCCAUCAACGUCGAGCAAAAUGUCCCUCCCCUCCCAAUCAGUCAAUCGAAAGUCGUGGGUUAAUUCGGGUACUAUAACGUUUCCUCCCACAAAGUAUAGCGACCUUAAGGUCCAGACACACCGGACGCGAUUCGACAACGCGAUGCGAUUUUUCGAUUUUCAUUGAACGAUAACUUUGAUCCUAGUUUAAAUUUUCUAAAUAUUUAGAAGCGUUAUAACAUUUUGCGUUAUUCGAUCUACAUACCUUUCAAAAUUUUCUCUCAUUGGCUGUUUUAUUAACUUUCAAAAACUAAAAAAUCGCGUCGCGUUGUCGAUUCGCGUCCGGUGUGUCUGGACCUUGAACUGAUGUAGGACGCGAAAGCGACGGCGACGGCAAACAAACUCGUUGAACCAAAUGAUUGCUGAAGAAACCCUGUCGUCUAUUAUCUAUCGUAUGAAAAUAAUACAGUUUUAGGUUCAAAAUUAAAACUGGGUUUAUGAUUGAGAAAAGUUCCAGGACCCAAUUUAAAAUAGGAUUUCUCCCAGCUUGAAAUGUAAGCGUUGCCAAGACGUGAUAAUCUGUAUUUCGCCGUUGUUGAGAUUUCAAUCAUUAAUUUCUGCUCAUUUUCUUGCAUUAAUAUGAUAUUAUUAGCUGUUCUCGUUGCACUUUCGUUUUGCUUUGGAGUUCUUAAUAACGGUAGUUCUUUAUAAUUAUAAAAGUUUAAGGCGGCUUCCGUUGACCAUAGUUAAUAGAGGACAGCGUUGACACGUUCCCGUACUAGAUUAAGCUUUGCUUAAGUUCACUAGUGUUGACAGGGAGGGGUGGGAUAAACUGGCGCUCUCGAAAAGCCGCCUUCGACUCGAGCAAGUUGAGCUGCGUCAUUCAGCUUAGAUUUCAGCUUCAAGUUUCAAGUAAAGAUGAUUAGCAAACAUUCACUAAACAUAUAAAAUGUAGUUCUUUGUAAAAUCAGUAUAUUCUAAGAGCGAUGUUUAUGGAACUGAAACGAUAACAAGGUAAGAGGUCGGGUGGGGUGGAGUGACAAGAUGCGGGGGUGAAAAGGCGUGGAAGGUGCAACAUGUACACAUGGAAAGUUGCAGUAUGUGUUUUCGGUUCUUGCAAAUUCUUCAAUUAUGUUGUUUUCAAGAAAUAACUUAACUUGAAACAAAAGAUUCGAUAUACUGACAUUUUUCAUGUUGAUCCUGGAGCCACAUAAAUGAUCUAAUAAUCCUAGUCAUCAACUACAGGUUACUAAAAUCAUUACUGCAUCAUUUUUACACCAGAGAUGCAAGGACUUUCAAGGUUAUGAUUAUAUAAUCUGCUAAAUAUUGGAAAGUUUACAGACUGUAUAAUAUAUAUUAUCAGCCUCCCCCAACUAUGCCUCUCUCUCUUCUACACCCCUCUCUAAGAGUCUUUUUAAGGUUAGGUAAUGUGAAUGGAUUAGGAAAUAACGUACUGAGACAGUUUUACAUAUUUUUCCUAGAGUUUCUCAACGAAUAUUAUUGUUCUAACCGCCAUCCUGUUUAUCAUGAUUCAUGUUAACAAAUCAAUUGCUCGUAUGGAACGUGGCAGUUCAAAUCUAAGGAAAUUCGUGAAGUAAGUACGAAACGAUGAUCAUGCAUGCCCGCGCGUAUAGUCAGGCGUACAAGGUGCAUGGUAUUAGAGAGUUUUCGAUCUUGCUACGAGAUUGAUUUAUUUGGAUAGCCAUGCAUAACUUACUUCACAAAGAGGAAUAGCCCCCUGGUAGCUAGAGGAUCAUAAACAUUCACAAAGUUCGUACACUUCAUCCAGUUUCAUUUGUUUUAUAUUAAAAAGUUAAUUCUCAUAUUUCAGAUACGAUGUGGAGAAAAUUUCUUGGUUGAGACAAAAGCGAACCCAUGCAUACAGAAAUCCCUGUGAAAAAGACGAAAACGUUGUAAAUACAGGUAGUUUGGACACCGACAGUUGCUCAACUUGUAUGUACUUUUCAUCAACACUCAAAGAAGUCAAGUGUAGCACGGGCAAUGGUUUAAAUGUGAAAGGCAAAACAAGUUGUAAUUAUAAUAUUGAUGGUGAUUGUAUUAACAUCGAAGCAACUAUAAAAGUAAUCAAAGUAUAUUCAAAUGGUCAGCAUGUAGAACGUGAUGUCCAUCUCAAGGUUGGAUGUGCGUGCAUGUUGCUGCCGGUUUAA